AUGGCAACUACAGAUACUAACUUUUAUUAUAACUUCUCCAUCACUGAUCCCAACGAAAAUGGAAGUGAGAAUUUUCGCACAUUUACAAAAGUCUUCCUGCCCUGUAUGUACUCGGUUGUUUUCAUCCUUGGGCUAGCAGGAAACAUGCUGGUCUUUGUCAUACUAGUUUUCUAUGAGAAACUGAAGAUGCUGACAGAUAUAUUUUUGCUGAACUUGGCUAUAGCUGACUGGGUCUUCCUUUGGACGCUGCCAUUCUGGGCAUAUUCUGCUGCUCAGGAGUGGACUUUUGGCACCGUGGCAUGUCGUAUUAUACGGGGCUUGUAUACUCUGAACUUGUACACUUCAAUGUUAACUCUAACAUCUAUCACCUUUGACCGGCUUAUUGCUAUUACUUUUGCCACCAAAGCACGUAUGUGUCAAACCAAACGAAUUACAUGGGGCAAAUUAAUCUGUGUCUUGAUCUGGGUGAUCUCACUAGCAUUUGCCACGCCACAGUUUAUUUUUAGUGAGGUGUUUAGUAUUGAUAAGGCAAUAUGUCAGGAAAAAUACCCAAACCAUCACACAGAACUGGUUCUUGAAGUGAUCCAAGUGGCCCUUGGCUAUUUUAUUCCCAUGCUAGCCAUGAUCAUCUGCUACUCACUAAUUAUUAGAACCUUACUGCACGCCAAGAGUUUUCAAAAGAACAAAUCUCUAAAAAAAAUAUUUGCUGUAGUUGCUAUAUUUAUUCUUACUCAGUCACCGUAUACUUUCUUGAGACUGAUAAAGAUCAUAGACUGGAGCUUUAACUUGAACAGCAGCUUUGAAUAUGCAAUCAUUGUAACAGAAGCUCUUGCUUAUUUCCAUGGCUGUAUUAACCCUGUUCUGUAUUUCUUCAUGGGGGUGAAAUUCAGGAGGAACUUACAGAAAAUUAUUAAAAACUCAAGAUGGGUCAAAUGGCAAGUUACGGCUAAACAGUGGCAAACCACGGAAGAGGAAGGCUCUAAAACUUUUACUGCCUCAAAUAAUGCAGAUGCAACAAGCAUGUGCCCGCUAUAA